AUGUAUGGUGCGGUGGCACUGCCUUCUAGGCAAAUGUUCGAAUUUGGACAUGCACUCUUUGUGAGUCACGAAAGGCCGCUGAAAUCUGAGUGUUGGCCUGAUGCGACCGGCUGCUUCUCUCCACCGAGUGGGCGGUGCUUCUGGGCUGCGGCCGUGGUAACAGGACUGGUUGCAAAGAAGCCUCGUGAGAGCUUCAAGCUGCUGCGUCGUGCCCGGCAGACUGCAGAGAUCCUGCAGACAACGGAUUGCGACGAUGUGGCAGCCCUGCGGCAGGUCUUCCACUCGGUUACCGAGGGUGAGGCAUUGCAAAAGGAGGACUUUGUGAAACUUUGUCAGUCUCUCCUACACAUAGACCUGACCUUCCGUGAAUUGGAACGGAUCUUUGACAUCGUGGUGUUUGGUGAAGGCGAACACCGCAUGACGGAGGAUGUCUUCAUCCGAACCAUCCGCAACCGCUUCUUCCUGAAAAACAUUCGCUGCGUAGUGCAGCUGCAGAGGCCGCAGAAUUGGAAGCUACCGGAGGGCUAUAGCCUUGAUAUGGACACAGCGCAAAACCACUACAGUGAGAAUUCUGACUUCGUUGGCCCUUAUGCAGACAUCAGAGCGACGAGAGAUCAUGCUUUUCACGGUCGCUACUCCGAAGAGCGACAGCGUUGGCAAGAUAGUGUGAUCAAUACGGUCGUGCAACGAACGACGGAACAGGCCAGGCCACGGCUUGUCUUCACUUGCGGUGCCAUGGGCGUAGGGAAGGGCUAUGCUUUGGGUUGGUUGUCCAACCGGGGGAUCUUCCCAUUGGAAGACAUCGUCCACAUUGACCCGGAUCACUUCAAGCAGGUGAUGCCUGAGUGGUCUUCUUAUGUGGAGCAUGGGAAGAAGCUGAAGGAUCCAUCUAUCCCUGGGAACCGGUGCCAUCGUGAGAGCUGCUACAUGCAGGAGAUUGCGCUAGAGGAGUCCCUUAAGCGUCAGCAGCAUAUUUGGGUGGAUGGCUCCCUGCGUAAUGCCGAGUGGUUCGUCAAUGUUUUCAGUGGUAUUCGUGAGCGCUACCCAGCGUAUCAGAUCGCGAUCUUUAAAAUCACUGCACCGGAGGAGAUCAUCCGCAAUCGCGUUUGCAGGAGAGCCCAACAGACUGGCCGCAGCAUUCCUGAGGCCACUCUAAAGGCAAGCCUUGCAGCAGUGGAAAGGUCGGUGCUGACCUUGAUGCCUCAUGCAGACUUCAUUGCCAGCAUGGACAAUUCAGAGAAGAGCCCAAAGCUUCAGUACUUUGCUGCAAUUGAUCGCUCCGGUUCUUGGAAACGGAUCACCGCACGCUUUGCACACACGUUACCAGGCCUUGAAGCCUUUCCGGAUGCCUUGGCACCCUUCUUCCAGUUGCGUGUGGAAAAAUGCCCCCGACUUGAACCGGCCACCAGUUUGCAAUGCCGCUGUGAUGGGGAGGUUGAGAGCCAAUUUGGAGUGCUGACGGUGAAAGGCUUGCAAGUUCAAGUGAAGCUUUCCCCGGUAAUCCGGCUUACCCUUGAUCCUGAAACAAGGCGACUCGCUGAUAUUCAUGAGAGAGCCGUAUCCGUUGCUUUCAUGCAUCCUGCUCUCGAAGAGAGCGGAAUUAAGCAUCGGGAUAUGUCAAACCUCACAGAGUCUGAGCAUCAAGCAUUGACGAACGGCGCCUUUGCCAUGUUCAGUCUGGAUGACACGUUGGUGGCUUUGAAUGCGGUGUCCUGCAGGACAAAUGCCCAAGAGCCGAAGAUGCUGGAGUUUGGCCCAGCUGCCAAGGUUACUCCAGAGGAAGCGAAGGAUCUGGAUCCAAGCCGUUGGGCAAAGGUCAAGAUGCAGCACAUCAAGGAUGCCGGAGUUGAGAGGUUUGCCUUCUACACCCCACUGGAGCGAUUGGCUGGUCGGCGGAUCAGCGCCAGCAGCGGCUUCAUUUUUGAGGUUGAGCCCGGCGAAGAGUACACCUUCUUUCCAAUCAUCGCCUCCUAUGAUGGCUGA